AUGCGCAACCAAGAUAUCGCCAAAGAGUCGGAGCUUCAUAUAAAUUGCGAGUUUCGGGAUUCGAUGAGCGCUGAAAGCUUGACCGAAUGUUCUCGCCAGACGUCUUCCGCAGCUGAGCGGCAAGAGCGUGGGAGUUGCCAAGAAAGUUUACUAAGAGAAUGGAAUUCGGGGACUGGAUGGGGAAGGUAUAAGGAAACCACCUGA